AUGGAUCGUGUUUCCCCAUCUCCCAGCCGAGAAUCGAAGAGCCAACACCAAACUUCUAAUUCCCGAUGGCUUCCGAUCGAGUUCUGUGACUUCCGUGGCCGCUUGCGAAGUUGGGUUCGGAGAUGGAUCGUGUUUCCCCCUCUCCCAACAAACUCUAAUCAACCAGAUCACUCUCUGAAAUUCCCUUCAUUCCCUUCGGUCUCACCCCUAUCAAUUCCUCCCUCCUAUCGAUCCGGUAUCUUCCCAGUUCUUUCCCUUCAGUCUCACCCCUAUCAAUUCCUCCCUCCUAUCGGUUCGAUCUCUUCCCCGUUCUCCCAACCCGACCGAUCGGCGGCUAAGAAAGUGACCACCUUCGUUCUCUCCCUUAUUCGCACACCGGAUAAGCUCCCAUUUGGUCUGAGGAGCUGCGAUAGAUUGGCGGUGAGCCAUACUUCCAGAUUCGAGAGAAAGGUAACUCCAUUCAUCCAUCUUUUGGCGGCUAGCCAACCCAACUCCACCGGUCGACCGUCUUCCACCAGAGUUCUUCCAAUCUAUUCAUCGAAUCCCCAUCAAGAUAUGCAAAGAAGAACGGAGGAAAGCAGCCGUAAGCUUCCAGCAGGUGCUAUUGUUGUCCAAUUUUUUCCUCUUUAG